AAAAAUCAAAAAAAGGAAGGGAAAAAAAACACGAAUUCUGCUCUGUAGAGCAUUUGCUUCGAUCGAACGAAUCUGUCGCCAGAAAUUAAUUUCAUGGGGAAAGUGAAGUGUUUCAAGGAUCGAUUCUCUUUCGAUUUUUCAGAUGAACGAGUGAACGAGUCUAGGAGCAUCAUUGCUAAAUACCCAGAUAGAGUUCCGGUGAUCAUCGAGAAAUACUCAAACACAGACCUUCCUGACAUGGAGAAGAACAAAUACCUGGUACCGCGUGACAUGACUGUUGGGCAGUUCAUCCACAUUUUGAGCAAAAGGCUACAGUUAGAUCCAGCAAAAGCUCUUUUCGUCUUUGUACAGAACACGUUACCUCAGACCGCUGGUCGGAUGGACUCUGUCUACAACAACUUCAAGAACGAAGACGGGUUCCUAUACAUGUGUUACAGCACAGAGAAGACCUUCGGCUGACUCUCAUUCUCUCCUAACAAAACUCAAACCAAAUAAGCAAUUGGGGAACACUCUUCAAGAUCCAUUUCUUUCAUUUGUUGCUGUGAAUAAUGUUGUUUGUUUGUUUGUUGUUCUCUGACGUCGCUGUACAUUAAAAAAAAUGACAUUUGACUCUGUAAAUGAACUGUCAACACAAAGGAAUAAUAAAGACAAAUAAAGGGAUUUGGUUCGGAAGAACACUGUU